AUGAAUUUCACUCAACCACCACCACCACCUCCACCAUUACAAUCAACUGUACAACAACAACAACCACCAUUAUUACAACAACAGCAGCUGCAACCACCACCAUUUCAAAGUGGUGUUUACGGGCGAAAUGAUUAUUAUUAUAAUUAUAAUAACAAUUUAUACUGUGGAAAUAAUAAUAAUCAACGGCCGUACAAUAAUCGUCGAAAUAAUAACAAUAAUUAUAGAAAUCCACAACCAAUGCAGCAAACAAGAAGAUUUCAACAACAAAGAAAUCGAUUCAAUUCAAGAUCGGUGUCCCGGUCUAGUACAAGACAACCACGUCGAUUUAAUAAUAAACCAAGACUAAAUAUAUUAAACAAUUAUAUGCCAGCACAAUUUAGAAGUCGAUCAUCAUCAUCAAGUACUCGUAAUCUGCCAACAAAUUUUAAUCUAAAUAAUACUCAACCAUUUAUUGUUGAUAAUAAUAAUCAACAGGAACCAAUGAAUAGAGAUGAUGAUGCAAAUGGUUUAAUUCAACAACAACCAAGAAAUAAUCGUCAACAGGCAACUACAGCUUCUUAUAGACGUCGACAACGUCGUACAUAUCAACAUCAGCAACAACAAUAUACACACAAUAAUCGAUUUGCUGAAUUAGCUGAUAUUUAA